GUCACUCACGACGGUGCCUCUCGAGCCAAGGCACCUUCAAGUUGAGUCUCUCAUACAGAGACAGCUCCUACAAUUUUCACGUCCACAUCCCCGUUCGGAACAAGAGGUACCCGCAUUCGUCUUGAUCGCGCUUCUCACACUUCCAUCUGGUGCUCCACAAUUAAAGGCAAUCCUACCCCUUCUACGUGUGCGUCUGCUUUGCUCAGUCCAUUUCUCGUAAAGCCAGCACAAUAGAUAGAGGAGCUCCCAAGACUCUUUCGAGGUGGCGCAGCUGCUCGCAUUUUUUUGUCACGAUGAACCCCAACGCUCGUUCCUUCGCUUUCAAUCCUUCGGCGUCCGGCUUCCAGCCAGGUGGUGCCCAAGGUCAAGGUCAAGGUCAGGGGCAAGGCGACCCAAACCCGCACCAAGGGCAGCCGCAGGGUAAUUACUACCAGCAAGGCUUUACAGGCGCGGCAGGAGGAGCGCCUCCUCCACAGCAAUACGGUGGAUACGGACAACAGGGGUACACUGGGUAUGGCUACGGACAAGGCCAAGGUCAAGGGUAUGGAGGAUAUCCACAACAACAAGCGUAUGGAGGAUACGCCCAGCAAGGUUUCACAGGCCAAGGAUCACCUUACCAUGGUCAAGCCCAAGCUAGACCGGCUGCAGGAUCCAAUUUGCCGCCUCCACCUCAAGCCAGAGCGCCGAUCCCCGGUGGAGGUCCUGCAGGUCUUCCCCCGAGACCUGUAGACGAGACUUCAGGAGCCGAUGAGGGCCAAGUCAGAAAACCUGUUAGUAUGUCCCUUGGGGGUGCAAAGGCUACACCCGCAUCUGCAAAGGCCGAUGAUGCGCCCCGGAAACCAGUCAGCAUCAGCAUUGGAGGUGCGAAGAAGGAAGCACCGGCGCCGACUACUGCUGGUGAUGCGCCGCGCAAACCCGUUAGCAUCUCUAUUGGUGGCGGAGCGGCUGCUCCCAAAAGCGGUGAAGCGUCUACAGCUCCGCCACCUGCCGCUACAGCUCCAGCAGAAGGUGCGUCUGACCCUGCUGCCGCUUUGCCAGCUCCAGCAGCUCCAGCAGCAGUUGCGGCACUGAAGGGCGAAGCAGCAGCAAAGGCCGCUUCGACGCCCGAAGCGUCCCCGCCUGGAUCCCGGUCCGAAUCGCCCGUCGCCGGCAAAGCUUCAGCAUCAUCCGCUUCUGCAUCUGCGUCUGCACCAAAAAAGAAGAUUGCCGGAGAAAAGAGCGCGACGGAUGCUGAAAAGGUGUUGGACGAGGCACACAAGGCUACGGACGAAGAGACGCUUAAAGAUCUCUUUGGCGAUGCGCACGUCAAAUCUCACUUGAACGUUGUGUUCAUCGGACAUGUCGAUGCGGGAAAAUCGACAAUGGGAGGUCAGUUACUGCAUCUGACAGGAAUGGUGGACAAGAGGACGCUGGAAAAGUUUGAAAAGGAGGCUAAAGAAGCUGGAAGAGAGAGCUGGUACUUGAGUUGGGCACUCGAUUCUACGCCUCAGGAACGUGAAAAGGGCAAGACUGUAGAGGUCGGCAGAGCUUUCUUCGAGACUGGAAAGAGACGCUACACGAUCUUGGACGCGCCCGGACACAAGAGUUACGUGCCUAACAUGAUCAGCGGCGCUGCUCAGGCCGACAUUGCCAUUCUGGUCAUCUCGGCCAGAAGGGGAGAAUUCGAGACUGGUUUCGAGAGGGGAGGACAGACGCGCGAGCACGCGGUGCUGGUCAAGACUGCCGGUGUGCAGAAGCUGGUCGUGGUGGUGAACAAGAUGGACGAGUCAACUGUCCAGUGGGACAAGUCUAGAUUCGACGAGAUUCAAACCAAAAUGACACCUUUUCUCAAGGGAACUGGCUUCAAUCCAAAGACGGAUGUCACUUUCCUACCAGUGUCCGCUUAUGCGGGACAUAAUCUCAAGGAUCCUUUGCCCAAGGGUGUGGGCGAGUGGUACAAGGGCCCCACGCUGCUCUCCUUUUUGGACGACCUCAGCUUGGCCGAUAGAAAGAUCAACGAUCCCUUGAAAAUGCCCAUCACCGAAAAGUACGCGGAUAUGGGUACGGUGGUAGUGGGCAAACUGGAAGCUGGAUCGGUGAGAAAAGGCGAUUCCAUACUGGUCAUGCCGAACGCGGUUUCGGUGGAGGUGGUGAACAUCACGAACGAGCAAGACGAAGAAGUGCCAGCUGCUAUUUCGGGGGAUAAUGUGCGAGUAAAGAUCAGAGGUGUGGAGACGGAAGACAUAAGCGUAGGCUUCGUCCUCUCGGACGCCAAGAAACCGGUCCAUGUAGUCACACAAUUUGAAGCUCAAUUGGCCAUCCUAGACUCGAGAAACAUCAUCGCUCCUGGAUUUCAGGCCAUGAUGCACGUUCACGCCGCAUCGGAGGAAAUUCAACUCAAUGCUUUGCUCCAUUAUUACGACAAGAAGACGGGAAAGAAGAGUCGCAAACCUCCCGCGUUCGCCAAGAAGGGCAUGAAAGUGGUAGCGCUCAUAGAGACGACUGCCCCCAUCGCGAUUGAGAAGUUUGCAGACUAUCCGCAAUUGGGCCGCUUCACCGUUCGAGAGGAAGGUAGAACCAUUGGUAUUGGAAAGGUGACGAAGCUUAUCAGCUCCAAGGAGGAUUUGCCAGAUCUCGCCAAGCUGGGCAUUGAUGGAAAGGCUUGAGGAAGCCUCGCGUGUUGAUGCGCAGCUCGUCACCUCACUGUCCUUCCUCUUGCAAAACGACACGAUACACGAGAGAAAGUGAUGGGAAGCCGUGCAUUUCUUGUGGUUUGUUGUGGGGCCUUGAGGCCCACAUACCGAGGAUGUUGCACACUUUGCGUAUCACCGUACUCUGGUACGCUCGGGGGGAAAGCGGCUUUACAAGGUUGCAUACAUGCAUCAGAAGCACAUCAUCAUUGCCAUCGUUGUCUGACGCGAAUUCCACACACAAAGCUGCUGCUUGAUGGCGCUCUUGUAAAGGUCUACACGCCGCGCAAAGUGCCACGUGGGCUCAACGCGUCGCGUCGCGCCACUCGACUCUGACUCGAAUUUGUGCCAGACGCGUUUGGGUCUCGUCCGAAAGAGCAGCGCGGGACCUAAUUUCAAAGAAAUUGCG